CAGCUGUGUGGGACUCAUUUAUACAGUUCUUAGCCAGUUUUGUAGCUGCAGCAUUGGUGGUAGUUUGGUUUCUUGUGCUCUUUGUUCACGGUAUGUAAAUCUGAUCUGCUUAAGCUAAAGGAUUUCUGUCUUUAUCCAAGUUACUGAGCUCAGUUGCAAGGAAACUGCAUGAAAUUCAAUAAACCAUGAUAUGCAGGAGGUCUGACUAGAUUAGGUGAAGAGUCCUUCUUCUCCUUAAACUUUUUGACAGUGGGAAAGCAAUUUUUCCUCAUGCAAGAUGAAGGAGAAAGCAUCCUGAAAAAAACCUGCAAAAGAAAAGCCUAUUAUUUGUGAGCAGGUUUAAAGGGUAGUUGCAUGAAGGCGACCUGCUUGUUCUGAUGCUGAAACCAUAGAAGUAAUGGGAAAUUCUGCUGUCGCCAUUUAUGCAUUAGGAUUUGGUAUGUUUCUGGAUUGCCUUUAGUAAAUGUCAUGUUUAAGGAAGUGAAAUUAAGUUUACUUUCUCAGUCUCCGGCUGACUGCUGUUACGUGGUAAGACAAGAGAGGUGAGAGCACGGCUAAUUAAAGUGCAGCAGCCUUCCACUCCCCUUGGGCUGGUUAUUCUGUGGAAAAUGGGUCAGUUACUGUGAGAGAUUGUUUGCCAGCAGGAGGCAGGAAAAGCUGCUGCUCCCGCUCCUCACCUUGCUGUUGGGGAGAGCACUGCCCGCUGCCACAGGCGCUUGCAAUGCCUUGAUGGUAUUUGGAUGCAGAAGCCGUUCCUCGCAGAUGGGGAAACGACACCUGGCCGAACACAACGGUGGUCCCUGCUGUCCCAUCUGCUCCUGUAGAUGAAGCAGUGUCAACAGAGGUGUUCCUGGGCUGGACCUGAGGCGAAUGAAAUGAAUUUGGACGAUAUGAGUGGGAGUUGCACUUCUGAAAGAAAAACGAUCUGUUACGAAGGAAGGCUGUCUGGUCAGCGUGUUAGCUGUUGGUCACACGUAUCUGGCCCGAAAACGGCAGGCAUCUGAAACUGCUUGGACCUGCUGGAGUCAACCUGGUCGAUCCACGGAUGCUGUGAACUGGGAGCCGACCAAAGAGUGGGAGAACUCCAGGAUUCCUACCCAGAAAAGAGGUGUACCUUCAGGCUCCCUGAAAGAAAUGCUAUGGUAAAUUCAGGAAUCCAUGAGAGACAACUGAGCAACUGAGACUGGUGCUGGGAGCCACGUAGUCAUGCAGCCUCUUUGCCUCCAUGUGAAUUCGGUUCUUUUGCGAAGUGCCUGCCGGGGUGCGUGCAGAAGAAUGGCUGCAGCAGAACCUCUGACCGCUUUCUCCCGGUGGUACCUCUAUGCCAUUCAUGGUUAUUUCUGUGAGGUGAUGUUCACAGCUGCCUGGGAGUUUGUGGUCAACUUUAACUGGAAGUUCCCAGGUGUUACCAGUGUGUGGGCACUCUUCAUUUAUGGCACCUCCAUCCUCAUUGUGGAGAAGAUGUAUCUGUAUCUCAAGGACAAGUGUAACAUUUUGGUGCGCUGCCUCAUUUACACUCUUUGGACAUACCUCUGGGAGUUCACCACUGGCCUCAUUCUACGCCAGUUCAAUGCCUGCCCAUGGGACUAUUCCCAGUUUGAUUUUGACUUCAUGGGCCUGAUCACCCUGGAGUAUGCCAUCCCAUGGUUCUGUGCUUCUUUCAUCAUGGAGCAGCUGGUGAUCAGAAACACCCUGCGCUUACGAUUUGAUGAGACUGCUGAGCCAGGGGCCCCCACUGUCCCUGUUGCCUUGGCCAACGGUCAUGUGAAGACUGAUUGAAUAGUGACUCAGAGCCACUCUUAGCAAUCUGAGAGAGCCUAGACCUCUACUACAGACUGUCAGCUCUGGCUUUGAGGUACCGCUCUUUCCUGUAUGAUAAGAUUCAUAAACCCCAUUUUUUCUAAUGGGGGUGUGCAUGGGAUAUACCAGAAAAAAAUGGAACCAAUGGAUUUUCUAUGGAUUUAACUCUUUGGGCUCCAAGGACCAAUGUCAGCUACUUGUUACUUAGGUCAUUUCUGAUUUUAACUUAUUACAGAUGAAAGCAGUCCUUUUGCUUACAUGUGUGUGGAGAAAGAAGAAAAAAAUGCUACAGUGGAAACACAUACAAAAAGAAAAAAGUUAGCGGAUGGGCAUGGACAUGCCAGCUAAGUUAGCAAUUGGCUUAUUCCAUUAGGCAAUAUUCAGGUGCUUGCUUGCAACCAAUACCUCCCGUGGGACCUGAGAUGCUGCAGGAACAAGGAAAAUCCAUCUGCUGUUGAGAAGAACCGAAGACUGGCAGUCUGCUGGGGAGGUAGAUGGUGUUCCCCUCUUGAGGUCCCCUUGGCCUCCCCCCAGGUUCUUUGUUGCACCACAGUAUGUUCUGGUGCUGGACAUCUUGCAGAAUUUAUACAAAUCUUGUACUUUUUGAAGUCUCAGUCCUGAUACUUACUAGAGAACUCUCUCUCUCUCUUUUUUUUUUUUUUUUUUUUUUAAUAAAGGCCUUUUUUGCCGAGUGAAUUUUACCAUAAUCUCUGCAAUUUGAAUCUUGGCAAAAGGAACAGGAAAUAGCAUAUGUCUUCCCAUCACCUGUAUCCCCCUCAAAGCAGAACUUGCCUGAAGGGCUGCUCCAGAUUCUGGCUCCCAUCCCAACCGUGCAAAAUUUGUAAAGACUGUACACACUACAAGGGUUUUUUGCCUUCCUUCCCAGGGAUUCUUCUGUUUCUGGUGACAUUGCUGACUUAGUCUGGCUGUAACCCCUUGUACUUGACCAAGGGUCAAAAAUCUUUGUGUGGCUAAGGCAGUGUCCAGGAUUUGGAGCCCUCUGGGACUGACUGUCAGCUUGCUUUAGCGUUGGCAGGUCUUGGCCUAGUUCUGCCCAGUGUUCUCAGAGUAUUCAAGAGCAGGGUUUUAUUUUUUCCUUCACAAAUUUUAUUUUACGUAACUACAACAACCUGUUGUCAUAACGCUGAUUGGAGGCAGCAAGGGAUAUGUCACACCACCUGAUACAGGGAGGCACAUUGUAAAAGCAGGUUUCUAAAGAGUGAUUUUUCAUGCCCCCUCAGACUGAGGCUGCGGUUAGGGCGUGAAUGCAGCUGGUAGAGAGCUGGAGGGGGAGGAAGUGCUAUGACUCCAUUUUAGAGAUAUCUGUGCUGGGGACAGUUUGAAAUUUAAUCCAUUUGGGAACUUUCUUGGAGCACAGGGAAAGCUGUAAUGCAGAAAGAGUGCUUGAUACCGGCAGCCACAGAUUAAUUAUUUGCUUUGGGAAAACUUGGCUGUUGGAGUUAGCAACAAAUGUGGAGUCUCCAGCUGUCAGAUAUAUCUCACUCCUAACAGUUUUAUGAGGAAGUUUGCUGUAACUGUCCUGUAGGGCCAGAUAAAUUUUACGGGUUCUUCCACCAUAGUCAACAGAGCUGCACUAGGGAUGAAUUUGGCUUGCAAUGCAAAUCUGUUUGUGUGAUUGUAGAAUUCCACCCUUGUCUUGGAAAUGUGUUCGUCCAUGUUGGUCCUCUACUUCCCAUGGGGUGUGCUCAGCUGCAAACCUGCUCCUUGCCCUGGAGCAUCAUUCCAGAGAGGAAAAGCACUUCUGGCUGUGUGAGGGGAAUUGUUGGUUGGUUCUGCUCUUAUGAGGGCAGUGUUAACCCUUUUUGUGUCACACAGUGCAAUUAUUUUAUUCCUCCUUCCCCCCUUCUCACAUAACAUCCGUUGCUGGCAAUGGACACGUGAAAACUCUGGCGUCAAGGAGUUAAUCAAAUCUGCCUUGGGGUAUGCAAUGUCUUAUGAAGCACCCAGAAUACUUAGGUGGGUGUUUAGAGUUCCCCUUUUAUAGUUCAUUAAAUUAAAAGACAACAAACACUGAACCACUGAACAGAUUUUUCUCUUUCCUUUUUUUUUUUUCAUGCUGUGAUACCGGUAUUAUGAAAUCAGAAAUAGUAUGUUGUUCGUCAGCCUUGAUGGUCUCAAGGGUUUAGACCGAGGCAAAAUAGUCACCUAUCAUUGUACAUGGAGGCUGGGAAAAGAGAUGAGAUUUGUAUGUGGGAUAAUGUAAAUCAGCUCUACUGAAACAAAACAAUAGUUGCAAGGUGCAGGUAAGAGCUGAGAUCCCUCCGUUCUGGCUCUGGUGCAAGUGAAGCAAUUCUGUCAUGGUGACUAAAUGCAGUAUCUGAAACUAGGCUGUCCUUUCACGGCAUAGCUUAACUCUACCGUGAUACUGCCUUCCCCACAACCCUCUGAAACCCUCAGCUUCACAGAAACGUCCUUUGCAUCCCUGUUUUGUUCUUAGCUGUUACAAGACUCUAGAAAGUUAGAAGGAGUUAUCUGCCUCAUUUGGUGAACGCCACACCAGCUGUGCAUGGGACCGGGGGAGGAGGAAUGGCUGCUCACAAUGGUAACCUGGUGCACAGUCGUGUCCUUUGGUUUCAGAAGCUUCCCGCUAAAUGACCUCGUUGUUGCACAGUUAUGUGAUAUCCAGGUGCUCAAACCACGGAAGGGUUCCCAGGUGGCAUCCGAUAUCUUAUUCUAUUAUCCUUUAUUGCCUGUGCCAUUGUAACACUAUUGUAGUCUGUUUUCUACUGGCGUCUGGCAAGUACCACCCAGAUAUUGCAUCUUCAUAGAGUCGUAGUUUACACCCAGAAGUGCACUUUACUUGCAGCUUGCACACCAGGAACAGAAUAGAACCCAACAAAUUCUUAAUUCAAAUAAUCCCCUGGACAACUCAUGCUAUCACAGGGUUUUCUGUAAUACUGUGUACCUAAUGCAGCAGGAUUAGCUAGACUUCUCCUUUCUGGGCAACAUGGUUACAGUCAGAGCUUUGUCUUUUCUGAGAAAUCUCCCUUUUUUAAUACAUGUGAUGCUUCUUAUACCAUCUUACAGGAGGAGUGCCCAGAGUCCAGUGAGACACGAAGGUCUCACUGGCAGCUCGGCAAGGGCAAAGGAGCUGGACUGAAUUAAAAUGAAAAAAACGCACAAAGGCCUAACAUUUGUACAUGUAUCUUCCUCAGUAGAUUAAAGUUGCCUGUUUUGAGUUCACCAGCAAUAAAAAACUUGUGAUUUA